UUAGACUGGUUCGGCGAUCAGCUGUCAAUCUGCGGCUGCUGGUGCUUGAUGCGUCCACUGUUACUCCAAAAUGCAGGCUCACGAGAUCCGAAAGCAGAAAACCAACAUGGUUGAGUGAGGAUGAGACUUCCCAGCUCUGUCCUUGUGUCCGUCUCUUUGUUUACGGCCGAGACGACGGCUGCUCUGUAUCUGAGCAGCACUUAUCACUCCGCUGGUGAUCAGAUUUGGCAGUGUUUCACGCUCCUCUUCACGCUUGUGCCAUCCGUGCUGGUGCAGCUCACACUGAUCUUUAUUCACAGAGACCUGAGCAGAGACAGACCUUUAGUGCUGCUGCUUCAUAUAUUACAACUAGGACCAGUAAUAAGGUGUCUGGAUGCUUUCUGUAUCUAUGGUAGUUCUGGACAGGUGGAGGAGCCGUAUGUCACCAUCACCCGUAAGAAGCAGAUGCCCCGGGAAGGGCAGACCGAGGAGGUGGAGCAGGAAGUGGGGCAGGCGGAGGGCAAGUUAGUCACCCACCGGGCUGCUUUCGCCAGGACCUCGGUCAUACAGGCCUUCCUGGGUUCUGCACCCCAGCUCACGCUGCAGCUCUACAUCUGUGUGCUGCAGAAAGGGGUGUCCGUCGGUAGAGGUACACUGAUGGUCAUUUCCCUUCUUUCAAUUGUAUAUGGAGCCCUACGCUGCAAUAUUCUUGCCAUAAAGAUACGUUACGAUGAUUAUGAAGUCUCCGUGCGUCCAUUGGCAUACCUGUGUGUGUUUCUGUGGCGAGGGUUUGAGAUCGCCACACGCGUGACCGUUCUGGUCCUCUUCAGCUCUGUGUUGAAGGUAUGGGUGCUUCCAGUGGUGUCGGCCAACUUCAUCCUGUUCUUUCUGCACCCGUGGGUUCUCUUCUGGAGCAGCCGCUCUCCAUUCCCAGAGAACAUCGAGAAGACAUUGACCCGUGUCGGGACCACUACUGUCCUCUGCAUGCUGACCUUCCUGUACGCCGGCAUCAACGUGUUCUGCUGGUCUGCCGUGCAGCUCAGAUUGAAUGACCCUGACCUGAUUGAUAAGGGUCAGGCAUGGAGGCGCCUCGCUGUGUAUUAUUCCCUCCGUUUUGUGGAGAACACAGGGCUGACUUCGAUGUGGUACGUCCACCGGACUGAGAUCUACCAAUUGGUGGAUGUCCCCGUGUUAGAACUGUCGCUGUUGUUGGGUUACGCCACAGCUGUGUUCUUUAUGUUGCUCUUUUACCAGUUUUGCCACCCAUGCAGGCAACUCUUCUCAUCCAGUCCAGCCCAGGGCUUUUGGGAGUGCUGUGGACCCCUCUGCCUGCUCCGUGGGACGCUUUCCCAGUCUGGCUCCGAGAGGACCAAGCCAUCAGGGGAAGACGUUGGUGAUGAUCCACCCAGCGUUAACAUAGGGGACAUUGGGCAGAGUUUGUGCGGCGCAGUGUGAGCAAAGCGCAAGUUUUUUGUACAACAAACGUUAAUGUGGUCUGAUGUUGUUUUGGACCUCACUGAUAUUCAUUGCAUGGACAAAAACAAUUCUCUUAUAUGAAAUAUUUUCUCUUGCGUUCCAAAGAAUUAAAAAAAUAAUAAUAAUUCCAUUUGGAUCAUGAGAGUGAAGAAAUGAUGACAGUACCUUUACCUCAUGAAAUGCCCUUUAAGGAUAAAAAGGGAGGAAUUAAAUUAAAAUGUUAGAGUUCUGCCAUGAUACUUAAUGGUGAAAUGGAAAAGUCAACAUUUGUUGAACUUUGAGAUGAAUAUACUUAUACUUGUUUUGUUUACAAGGCAAGUGAGCCAGCAUGUAUCACUGAAGUGCACGUGAAAUUCCCUAAUAUGAUGGAACCGCUGCUUUUGUCAUGUGAUGUGGGAGCACUUUGUCCCUCGUUCGGUGUUGGUUUUAAGAAUGUCAUAGCUUCCAUGCUCUCUGUGUCUGGAUUAUUUAAAGCAAAUAAU